GUAGCCUAGCAGCGGUGACUGUUACAAAGAUUUAGGCAGUGGCAAGAUGUCGGAUCCUGCAAUUAUUCAGUAAAAAUGCAUUUUUAGCUGUAAUGAACGGAAAAUUUCCAAACCGGAAUUCAGUUGUCCGAUAUUUCAACACGGAGUUCCAUGUUUGAUCCUUAACGCGGCACUAAGCGCGUAGUCUCAGUAGUAGUCUUUUCCCUCUGAAGAUUGAAGCUGCACGCCUUUGAACAUGCCUCCAAGCUUAGACUGGAACAAACUGAUGGAGGUAGACCCCGAUGAAUGGGGAGGAUUGGAUAAAGAGACUGAUGAGCUUGUCGAUUUGAUAUCAAAGGUUCAGCCGAAAGACCUGAAAGGUGGAGACAGUGAGAAAUUAAUCCAGCUUUUCAGAAUUACUCAGACCAUCAUGAAGAUGAAAGUGCAGGAAGUAAGCUGUGCAUAUGAAGUCAUUGACAAAGCUGGUGCAGAGCAAGCUGAAAUAGAAAACCAACUAAAAGCUCAAGUCUACAAAUUAGAAAAUGAACUCGAGAUGGCCCAGCGUGCUACAGGGGGGCGAGACACCCGCUUCCUCCGCGAUGAGAUCCGCCAGCUGGAGAGUCAGCUGGAGCGCAAGGAGAAGGAGCUGGUGCAGAUGGAGAAGGAGACGAACAAGGAGAAGAAAGUCAACGAAGAAUUAUCGGCUCGAGCUGAAGAAGCCGAGGAUGAAAACAGGAAGUUGAAACGAGAGAAUGAGCAGCUACAGAGGGACGUGAUGUUCUACCGGAGGGAGCUGGAUCAGAAGGAGCCGGUUCCGUCCCGCGAGGAGAGCAGCGAGGCCCAGAGGAGGCUGAACUCGGCCAACCGGCAGCUGUACCAGUGCAUGGAGGACCUGCAGCGCGCAGAGGACGAGGUGGCUUCUCUGAAGGCCCAGGGUGAGCAAAUGCAGAAGAGUCUGGAGGAGUCGGUGCGCGAGAUGGAGAAGAUGACAGACGAGUACAACAAGAUGAAGAUCGUGGUGCAGCAGACCGACAUCAUUAUGGACCAGCUGAGGAAGGAGAGGGACCACGCCAAGAUCCAAGUGAGGGAGCUGGCAGAGCAGAUCCAGAGCCGGGCGGAGGAGGACGACCCUGUGAUGGCUGCUGUCAACGCCAAGGUGGAGGAGUGGAAGAGGAUACUGUCUGCCAAGGAUGAUGAGAUCAUUGAGUACCAGCAGAUGAUCAGAGACCUGAAAGAGAAGCUGCGGUCGGCUCAGAUGGACUCGGACAAAAGCAACGUGAUGGCGCUGCAGCAGGUUAUUUACGAGCUGUGUGCCGCCGUGCAGGAGCGGGACAGCCAGAUUAAGAUGCUGAGUGAGCAGGUGGAGCAGUACACCGGCGAGAUGGAGAAAAACGCGCUGCUGAUCGAGGAGCUCAAGACGCCCCUGCAGAGAGAGAGAGGGCCUCCCUCGCUGAUCCAGCAGAAGAAGAUGGAUGAGCUGAAGGCCAAGCUGCAGGCCGCGGAGCGCAGAGUGCAGGAGGCAGAGAGGGUGGCGGAGCUGGCCGAGUCCGACGCCAGAGAGAAGGACAAGGAGCUGAGCGAACUGCUCGCCCGCAUGAGACUCUAUGAGUCUGGGACGGGGGGGCUGGAGGCCGCGGUGGCUGAGAUCAAAGAGUGUAAAAACCAGCUGAAGACGAGAGACCGGGAGGCCGAGAUCAUGACCAAGGAGAUCAACCAGCUGGAGCUGAAGAUCAACGACCUGCUGGACGAGAACGAGGACAUGAGAGAACGUUUGGGGCUAAACCCGAAAGAAGAAGUUGAUUUGACUGAAUUUCGAAGAUCCAGGGCUUUAAAACAGCGGCAGUACAAAGCAGAGAACCAGGUCCUUCUGAAGGAGAUUGAACGCCUGGAAGAGGAAAGACUGGAUCUGAAGAAGCAGAUCAGGAGUCUCGUUAAGGACAAAGGGUUGCCUGCAGGCCAUUUAGAGAUGGAUGACAGCACAGACAGGGUUAGAAGUGUCCGGUAUACCUCACCCCCAAAAGCUGCUGCCAGCGCCCCUGAUGACGAGGAGCUGAAGCGAGAGAAUGAGCACCUCCAGAGAGAACUGAAGAGCAAAGAGAACGAGCUGGAGCUCAAAAGAACAGAGUCGUCGCAGUUCAGAGCUAAGUUUAAUGACAUGCAGAUGGAAAACAAACAGCUGGAGCAAGGAAUGAAGGACAUUCUUAAAGCCAUCCAGGAAGUGCAGAGCAUGCAGCCUCAGACCGGAGUCAGCAUCCCCAGCCUGCAGAGACUCAUCAGCGCUCUUGAGAUGAAAAACUCGGAGGGGAAGUUUGAUGCCAGCUUCCACCUGAAGGCACAGGUGGACCAGCUGACAGGAAGAAAUGAGGAGCUCCGACAGGAAAUGAGGUUCACCCGAGAGGAAGCAGCCAGAGCUGUCAGUCAGCUGGCCAAAGCCAAUGAGAAGGUACUGCAGCUGGAGAGUGAGGUUGAAGAUCUGAGGCGAUCGGGAGGGAACAGUGUGGCCUUUAAGACCCUGGAGCUCCCUGAGGAGAUCGUUCCAACCAGCAUGGGGGUCAUCACCUCCCUGAACGAAUAUGCAAUCACACUUCUGCAGGAGUUGAAGAAUAAGGAGGAGGCCAGUAAGCAGCUGGAGGCGGCUCUGGAGGAGUACAAGGGGAAGUUUGCUGUGAUUCGGCAUCAGCAGGGGCUGCUGUACAGGGAGUAUCAGAGGGAGAGGGAGUCCUGGCAGAAAGAGAGAGACUCGCUCACGGAGCUGAAGAACAAGCUUGAAGAACAGAAGGAGCUGGAUGCUGUGAAAAUCGGGGAGUUUGAUCACUGGCAGCAGGUGUUGCAGGGGGACCCUGCAGAGAUCAGGAAGGAGGUGUCGGAGGCGGUGAGGAAGAUGACGGUGCUGAGGGUGAAGGAGGUGACGCUGACCAGGCGCUACACCACCCUGCUGGAGAUGGAGCAGCACCUGAGGAAGGAGAACAACAAGCUGAGGAGUGACUUCCUGGACAUGGAGGCCACCGUCACCAAGAGGAUCGGCUACCUGCAGAGAUACAAGGAUAUGGCCUCGUUUAAAAUCGCAGCCUUACAGAAAGCUCUGGAUGACAGCGUCUCCUCGUCAGAACUAGAGAGGGCCAACAAACAGUACACAGAACUCACAGUCAAAUACAGAGACCUUCUGCAGAAGGACAACCAUCUGGUCCAGAGAGCAACCAGCCUGGAACAGUUAGAGAGGGAGAACAGCUCCCUGCAAGAGCAGAUCACAGCCUUGACCAAGGAGCUGGAGAUCAGCAAGGAGAAAGUGCACUCGUUAGAGCAGGCCAUGGAGCACCUCACCCCGGCAGGUGGGGAGAGCGGCUUGGACAAGGCGUCGAAGGCUCUGGCGAACAGCGAGAUCGCGUCGGUCUCCAGGAAGAUGGCGGUGCUGGAGAUGAAGGAGCUGAACGAGCGGCAGCGGGCAGAGCAUGCCCACAGGAUGUGCGAGCACCUGAGGAGCUCCCUGCGGCAGGUGGAGGAGCGCAACGCCGAGCUGGAGGCCAAAUUCUCCGAGCUGACGAAACAGCACCUGGAGGCGCAGCGGACCGAACAGGACCUGCGAGACGAGCUGGCGAACAGCGUGAGCAAAGCGAUUAGCGACGCGGACCGUCAGCGCAUUGCUGAGCUGGAGAAAGCCGAGGCCCAGCUCAAACUGGAAGUGUCCAAGUUACGGGAGGUCUCUGAUGUGGCCAAGAUGCAGGUGACCACACUGGAGUCCAGGCAGCAGUGCAGAGAGAAGGAGGUAGAAGCUCUGAGGAGACAGGUGCUGGACUACCAGGCGCAGUCGGAUGAGAAGGCGCUGAUCGCGAAGCUGCACCAGCACCUGGUGGCGCUGCAGCUGAGCGAGGCGACGGCGGUGGCCAAGCUGGAGGGGGCGGUGCUGAAGGCGCGCAAGCUGGAGGCGGGCCUUCUGAGGGCGGAGCAGCGGCUGGACGAGAGGGAGCAGGCGCUGUACCACGCCCGUCUGGAGGGCCGAAACCGCGCCCGGCACCUGCGGCAGACGGUGCAGGCGCUGCGCAGCCAGUUUGCGGGGGCGCUGCCGCUGCGCCGGCAGGAGCAGCUGUCCCAUACGCUGCAGCAGCUGCAGGAGGAGCUGCGGCGGGGGCAAGAGGAGGCGCAGCGGGCCGGGCAGGAGCGCAGGAGGGCCGAGCAGAGGGCCCAGGAGCUGGAGCUCCGCCACAGCGGCCUGGAGGAGCUCAUCGCCUCCCUGAAGGACGGCAAAGGAGCACAGAAGGUGACUGAGUGGCACAGGCGGAUGGAGGAGCUGCGGCUGCAGGAGCUGCGGCAGGGCAGGGAGCUGAGCGCGCUCAGAGAGGAACAGCGCCACCUGCAGGGCGUGGUGACGCAGCAGGAGCAGCACAUCCGCAGCCUGGAGGAGGAGCUGGUGCGGCAGAACAACCUGUAUGAGGAGCACCAGCUGUCCUGGGAUCAGCGGGAAGUGGAGCUGGAGCGGCAGCUGGAUCUGUUUGAGAAGCAGCAGAAUGAAAUCGUGGGCACAGCACGAAAGUUUGAAGAGGCGACCGGAUCACUCCCCGAUCCCAGCACGCCUCUGGCCCACCAGCUGGAUUUCGCUCUGCGGAAGAUCAAGGACCACGUUCGCACCAUUCUGGAAACGCAAGCAACCUGCAAGACUCUGGAUGAGAAGCUGAAGGAGAAGGAGGCAGCGCUGUGGAAGGCGGAGCAGAGCAUCCUGUCCCGUGACAGAGUGAUCAACGAACUGCGUCUGCGUCUCCCGGCCGCUGCCGAGCGAGAGAAGCUGAUGGCCGACCUCUCCCGCCGCGACGACGACCCCGACAACCAGCCUGCCCUCAAGGUGGCGCACCACACCAUCAACAGCAUGCAGGCCCGGCUCAGCCAGAAGGAGGAGCUUCUGAAGAAGUACCAGAACCUGCUGGCCCGAGCCAGACAGGACCAGGAAGACAUUACGAAGAAGCACGAGGAGGAGAUGAGGACUCUUCACCAGAAGCUGGAUCUGCACACAGACAUAUCGCUGGACAAGUUCAAGCAGACAGCCCUGGAGCUGAUGAGGAAACCCACCAUAGACGUCCCCACCCCGAAGCACCUGGUUCGGCUGGCGGAGAUGGAGCAGACGGUGGCGGAGCAGGACAACUCGCUGUCGUCCCUCAGCGGAAGGCUGAAGGCCGUGACGGCCGAGCUGGAGAGACAGAAGCUGAUCGUCGCCGCUAAGGUCAAAGAGCACAACGCAGAGAAAGCAAAGCUGCAGGAGCAGUGCGCUGCGCGGCUGAAGCAGCAGGAGCAGCAGGUGGAGGAGCUGCGGGUGCAGACGGCACAGAUGGAGAAGGAGGUGCAGUACCUGCAGACGGAGCUGGAGGCCCAGAAGGAGGCGAACACCCGCUCCCCCACCAACACCAUGAAGAACCUGGUGGAGCGGCUCAAAGCCCAGCUGGCACAGAAGGAGAAGCAGCAGAAGGCUCUCAGUAAGGCCCUGCUGGACCUGCGGGCGGAGAUGAGCGCGCACGCGGAGCAGCAGGUCAUGGCCAGCGCCGCACAGAGGGAGGAGAGUCUGAACGUGCAGCUGCUGGUGGACAAGCAGACCAAGGAGCUGCGGACGCGUAUCCAGGAGCUGAGUGAGGACCUGCAGGCGGCGAAGGAGAGCCAGCGUGCGGCGAAAGGCAGAGAGAGCUCUCUGAAGGAGGAGAUGGAGGGCCUGAACAGGGAGGUGCAGAGGGGCCUGAAGGCUCAGGCCAGGCUGCAGAAGGAGAAGGAGGAGAGGGAGGACGAGAUCGAGGAGCUGAAAAAACGAGUCAAGAGGCUCACGAGCGGCCUGCAGCUCAAAGCCGAGUCAGAGGGGAGGGGUCCAUCGGUGGAGGAGCUGCAGAAGAAGAUCCGCAAGCUGGAGGCGGAGCUGGAGAGACAGGCUGCCUCCGAGGCCGCAGACAGGAAGCCUGUACCUGACAAGUCGAAGGAGGAGGUGGUGCGCUGGGAGGAGGGGAAGAGGUGGCAGAGCAAGAUGGAGAGCCUGAGGAGCAAACUGAGAGAGAAGGAGCGCGAGAACGAGGUCCUGGCCAAGCAGCUGGCCACGCUGAAGGAGCUGUACGCCAGACUGGACCAGGAGAAAGCCGCUCUGCAGAGGAAGCUCCGCAUUCGCGGUGUGACUGCAGACCAGGUCGUGGGAGCGAGGACUGUGGAGUCAGAGAGGGAGAUCGAGGAGCUGAAGGGCAGGAACUCUGAGCUGGAGCAGCAGAUCAUCACCAUAAAGCAACGGCAGGCCUUGCCCAGAGACGCAGCCAUGGAGACCGUGGAGCUCAGGAACAGAUACCUGGAGGAGAAGCUGCGUUCCCUGGAAAGGCAGCUGUCCAAAGAGUCGCCUUCCAGACCCUCAACGUCUGGCAGAGGCACUGGAACGCCCUCACAGAGGGAGCAGGACCUGCAGAAGGAGAACCUCAAACUGUCCUCUGAAAACCUGGAGCUGCGCUUCCAGCUGGAGCAGGCCAACAGAGACCUGCCCAGGCUGAAGGCUCAGGUGAGCGACCUGAAGGAGAUGUGUAACGUUCUGAAGAAGGAGAAGGCGGAGGUGGAGAGGAAGUUGGGACACGUGCGAGGGUCUGGGCGGAGCGGAAAGACGGUGCCGGAGCUGGAGAAGACCAUCGGGCUGAUGCAGAAGGUGGUGGAGCGCGUGCAGAGGGAGAACGAGGCGCUGAAAAGGACCCCCGAGGCACUGACCCAGGAUCAGCUGACUGCCCUGGAGCUCGACAACCAAAAACUCAGGGCAGAAUGUGAGAGGCUGAAGGCGCAGAUUGCAGGACAGCAGGUUCUCAGGACUGAGUCAGCGGCCAGAGGAACGGAGAAGAUCCUGCAGGAGAACGAGAGGCUACGCAAGGAGCUCAAGAAGGAGGCGGAGAGCGCCGAGAGGCUGAGAAUAGCCAGGAGCAGCCUGGAGGCCAGCGUGGAGAGGCUGCAGGCCCAGCUGGAGGAGAGCCAGCACAGAGAGCCCCCGGCGGAGCACAGGGAGCCCCCGCCAGACGCAGCCGACCGCAAGGCCGGCAGGGCCACUGUGGUGACCAGAAUGUACGAAAAUAAAAUGCGAGACCUAGAGAGUGACAUCGCCCGGAAGGACCGCAGUCUCUCAGAACUCCAGCAGCUUCUGCGGGAAGCUGGGGAGCGAGAGCAGCAAAGCGCCCGGACCAUCAGCGAGCUCAGAGAGCAGGUUGACCUACUGAGGCAGUUCCCCGAGGACGCCAAGACAGAUGCAGGCCUCGCAAAGGAGUUCCAGUCAGUACGGCUGAUCAACCAGCAGUUGGAGAGAGAGAAGGCGGAGCUUCUCCGGCAGCUCAGUGCAGAGAGAGAGCAGAGAGGAGCGAAAUCUAACCCCCUGGAGACAGGACAGACAGACAUACAGGAAAGGGGCGGAGCCCAGAGCAGGGUGAAGGAGGAGCUGCUGGAGCUGCAGAAACAGCUAAAGGCAGCAAACCUGGAGAAGAGGCAGUUACAGGGUGAAGUGAAAAGGUUGAAGAAAGAGCUGGAGAACUUCGAUCCAACGUUUUUUGAAGAGAUCGAGGACCUGAAGUUUAAUUACAAUUUAGAGGUAAAGAAGAACAUUCUGCUGGAGGAACAGCUGAAGAAAAUGUCAGAGCAGCUUGGCGUGGAAGUGGAGCUUCCAUCGAACGUGUCCAUAUGAUAACGUGGUUUUGCUGCCGAAGUGCCUUGGUUGAUCUGCAGUGGUGGAAAUGAGCUCCUUUUCAGGGUAGCUGCACAGCUCGAUGUAUCUGAUACUGGUUCCCCACGGACGUCACACUCCACUGUAGAGUUUCACUAUAAUCCAUUUCACGU